GACGACACGUGGCGACAGCAGAGGGCGACGAGACGACGACACAUGGUGACACCAAGAGCUUCGGCGCCGACUAGGUGUGUGCCGGAGGAAAAAGUGCGGGGUGUCAUGGCCUGCUAUGCUAUGUAUACCUACAAGUAGAGAGGUGGGGUGGGGUCUAUUCGAGGGUGUGGGAGACGAAGAGGAGAUGGGUAGCGAGGGUGAGUUUUGCGAGGAGGGGAGAGAGGAGAGAGAGAGGAGAGAGAGGAGGUGUUUCCUAAGUUCUAAGGAGGUAGGUUGUCGGGUCCGGUCUUUCAUUCCGAAUGGUAAGAGGCUGGUGCAACAGAGAAUGAGUGCGUGUUGGGAGAGGAGAAGAUGGGCAGAAGGACGGGUGUUGGGAGGAGGUAGAGGGGAUGGAUGGCGAGGGGGACAGGGUUUUGGGAGAAAGGGAGAUGGUUCCAAAGCUCUAAGGAGAUAAGAGAUAAGCUGACUGGCCCUACCUAUAUGCCUUCCAUUAUCAAUAGGAAGAGGUGGGUGGUGCAGCAGGGGAUGGGGUGCUCUAGGUUGUUCUAAUUGAACAGUAAACGCAUGAGCAAGAAGAUGUGCCUUGCAUUUGUCGCGUUCAUUUGAGCCCCACCCCCUCGUCUCUUCCCCCUUUUCUUUAUGGUCUAUUGCUUAUCGCCAUCCCCACCACUCUUUCACCUCUGUUGAUAUCGAUGGUUCCAAGACCUUUCAGUUGAAGAGAGAGAGAGAGAGAGAGAGAGAGAGAGAGAGAGAGAGAGAGAGAGAGAGAGAGAGAGAGAGAGAGAGAGAGAGAGAGAUUGCUUCAUCCGGGAGGAAAGGUAAAGAGGAAAAGGUGAAAGCCGAGGAUCCAUGGCAAGAAACGAAGGUAUAAGGGACAGGAAAGAAGUGUGAGGUGGAGACUGUGAACCCGUGGGAAGAAACGAGAAUGCGAACGAUGGAGCGGGACUGCGCGCCAUGUGGCAGCCUCUCUUCUGUGCUGGGGGGAUCGGAAGAACAUGAACGUCCACCAUUGACAUCAACAAUGUGGACAGGUUGGCCCAGUUCUGCUGAUCACUCCCAAGGAGAAAGCAAGAGGAUGCAAGCCCAGCCGCGAAGUAGCUUUGUCUGCAGUCAACAGGCUCAGCAGCAGGAGCACUGUCGGCAGCAGUAUCAGCAGCAGCAUCGGCCGCAGCGUUGGAAGCAGCUGCAGCAAGAGGAUGAAGACAAUGUAUUUUUAUCACUUGAGAGCAUGUCACUGGGGUCUUCAUCGCAGUUGCUGUCACCUUGGUGGCCAUGGUCUUCGUGUCUCGUGUUGUUGUUGUCGUGUUUGUCGGCCUUGGUGCGAUUCCAGUUGUCGCCGUGUUUGCUGCGCUCGCUUGCCAGAAGAUGCUGCAUUGUAGCAUUCAUUAUGCUUGGUGCGGUGGUGGUAUCUUCGGUCGCCGGCGAACUGCCAGCACGCGAUUAUGGGUCAUGCUCAACCAUGGUGAACUCAUGGGUGGAGAGGCAGAUUGCAGUCAUGAGAGAGCGCGAGUCCGUUGUUUCUCCGGACCGUAAUUAUCCAUGGAAAAUCAAAGAUCUUCUCUUCUUCUUGCACGUCCCCCGCACAGGAGGAAGAUCUUAUCACCAUUGCUUCUUGAAACCCAUGUUUACGCCUCUCGAGAGGUGCCCGAGGUCGUACGACAUGCUGCGGCUGAACCUUGGGCAGCCGCGGUGCCAUCUUUUGUCUUCGCAUGAUGACUACAGCUUGGUCACAGAGAAGCUCGGAACGAUACAGACCACGAUCACAACCAACUUGCGAGAACCCGUCGACAGAGUGCUGUCGGCCUACGAAUUCAUCCUCGAAGUUGCGUCCCGUGUGCUGCCCAUGGGAGAGGCCCAGUGGAAGGAAGCAGAGCGUAACAGAACCAUCGCAAAGGCCAUGGCCACCAAAAAAAAAACCAGCGUUGGACCCGUGAAAGACCAGGUGUCUACGAUGGAUGUCUGGCCUUGGAGCCGUCUUGUGCCUUUCAUGCUCGGCGAUCUCUGGCCGAGGGUGCAAUUGCGUCCUCAACUUUAUAUGCGGAAACAAGCUAUAGUGCAACCGCAGCCACUCAAUCUCUCACAGCUGCCGCCUCCACCGCCACAGCAGCAUCCCUUCUGGCUGGCACCCUCUCCUCCAGGCUUUCCCAUGUACAAUAACAGUCUUGUUAUGCCUCUGUCGGAGUUUGUCGAUCAUCCCAUCGUCUCCGACCUGCUCCACAAUGGGGCCACCUUCCAGGUUGCAGGACUGACCAGCAAUUCCUAUGACCAGGAGGCGCAGGACAUACGCGCAUGCAUCUCCUUGUUUCCUAUUUUGGGGGAAAGCGUUCUCGACCUGGCGAAGCGUCGACUCAAGUCCAUGCCGUUUGUCGGUCUGACUGAGCACCAUGAAGAAUCUGCCAUCAUGUUGGCCACCACCCUGGGGAGAUAUAUGACUGGUAGGGGCGGAGGUAACCUGCAGGGGGUUGCACAACCCCCUUCCAAGCGUUAUUCUGAUGCUGUAGCAAGGACCCUCGCGAUUCUGAGAAAAAGCAAGCAGCCUAGAGACAGAGCGGGGAUUCUGGCUAUGUCAGCGUUUCUCCAAAACUUCCAGACAAGUUUUCCCAACGAGUCACGCUUACUGCAGGUCUACCGUACAUGCGUGGCAGACCAGAAGGAAAAGUACAUCACCCGGCGCGGCGCGGCCUUUCGAAAUUUGUGGCCCAUCUGGUUCUCAAAGGAGACCCGCAUGCAGAUAGCCGCUGAUGCCCUUGAGCGGGUUCGAACUCUGAAUCACCUGGAUAUGAAGCUGCACGCUUAUGCUCAGGAACUGUUUAAUCAAUCUCGGGCAAAGCUCGCUGCUGUCCUCCAUGGGAAGGUUGAAGUCCAGAGUACAGUCGCAGAAGGACAGGAGGGUGCGCCGCCUCUCGAGCUGCCGAUGGCAGGGAGCAUCGUGAAUGACAAUGGUGACGCCACGUUAUCCCCUGGAAGGACGGGUAUGACGGAGGAAGUCUCGUCCAUAACGCACGGGAGCAUCUUGAAUGACGAUGGUGACUCCACGUUAUCCCCUAGAAGGAUGGGUAUGACGGAGGAAGUCUCGUCCAUAACACAUGGGAUCUUGCCCCCUCAGAAGGUUCUGAAUAGAGAGUCAGGCCCCUCGAAAACCGACCAGGUGGCACCCGAGAUGGGUAGUGAGAACUCAACCCCCGUCGUGAGGAGAUAUCUGCUGGAUCCUGCAAGAAGGUUUCAGCAGAACCCAGGCGGACUCCUUCAUAACAGCGAUCGGAAAGACCCGAAGAUCCAAGAAGCAGCAGACCGUACGAUCGCAGCGAGUUUGAUGCGAGAGGAGGCCGUUGCUCCCGCUCAUCACCAGGGGCUGUUGAGGAUGUCAGGCCUCGUGGGUAUUGUCAUUCUGGGACUGAGCGUCGCCUCCGUGAUGCUAGCGGUUGUGAACUUUGGGUUUGGAAAAUCGGUGCGCGCUCCGGGUCGAAUGAUCGUGUUCCUACCCGGGCGACCAAGGAGAAGACCGUCCUCGGCCUCGGCGUUGUCUUGGUGGCAUAUGUGUUUUUGGGCGUGCUUCGUCUUGAUCUCACGGCCUUGGAGAUUGCUUCACCAACAGGGUCGGAAAUGGCAAUGCCGUCUGAAUGCUCUUGAGACCAGGGAGGCCCUGGCCAUCGAUUCCCCGCAUCCCAAGCCCAAAGGUAACUAGAGUUAGUUAACUUAGUUUGUUUCUGCUUGGUGAAUUCUGAUGCGUGCGUGCUGUUUGGAUGCUUUACCAUCGACCUCACAGCGGGCCUUAGAGAGGUUGCUACAGCAAUGCUAUGCAACUUGGCAGACUCCACGCCGUCUUUGCAGCUGGGAGGGCAGAGAGAGCUUCCCUCCUGCCGUUGGGCCUUGCUGCUGCACUACUACGCACCAAGCGUGUGAAAUGACGAGUCCAUCUUCAACUACAAGGUAAAAAGACGCACUCACCGUUUGUGUGUCUUUCUUCAGUCUGGCGAGUGAGUGGUGGGGUGCAGCCCAUCCGUUGGUUGUUCAGCUAUCCCAAGGGGCAGUGUUAUGUGGAGCUCCCAAGUAGCAUGGUCAUCUCUCGGUUUUAGCCAUCCCUAGGGGCUCACUAUCGUUGUUUAUAACAGCGGAAACUGCUUAAAAAAGGGGAGCAGUGCCCAACGUCAUGGCAUCGUGAGGGAUUCAAACUUUUGGUUUCUGUAUUAGCAGUUACACGUGUGCCAUUCACAUGUGGUAGUCAUAUACCACAGUAAAGCAGCCCUUAACCUUGCUGGAUCGAGCAGGUUCGGGACUUGCGUGUACCAUUGAGCCACUAGGCCGAUGCCAUGGGAACCAUUCAUGGCAGCGAGUCGGAUGGGCGACAAAAUAACAAUACACUCGGCUCCGUGCUCGAGCCAGGAGCCGAAUGGACAUUUGAUUGCGCAGCAAGGUGUGCGUUCCCUCUGAGGCACGGUAGUCACAUGCCACAGUGAGUAGCCCCUAACAAUUGCUGGACCGAGCAGGAUUCGGGCCCUCUGUAGUAGCAGUUUUUACAUGUGUGGACCAUGAAGCCACUAGGCCAAUGCCAGGGGAGCUAUUCACGGCAGCCAGUCGGAUGGAUGGCAAAUAACAAUAGGCUCUGAUCUGUGCUGGAGCCAGGAGCUGAAUGGACAUUCGAUUUUGCAGCAAGGUGUGUGCAUUCCCACUCGACAGCCGAAAAGUGUGUGUGCUGUCUGCUGGAAGGAUCCUUUGCCUUCAGCCGCGGACUGUUUCUUCGGCAAUGGGACCGGCAUCCUAAUGCUGGUGCGUAAAUGCAGUGGUGCCAGAAGUCAUCUGAUCCCUUUCCUCGGCAACACGCAGGCGUGCUGUUCAGUGGGGGCAAACACUCUGCUUGCAGUUUUUGACAAGCUCAUCGUUGUUGUGGGAAGAAAGGUUUUAGACAGACAUGCACACAUUCUAGAGGGUUUUAGAAAUUUAGACAGACGUGCAUCUAGAAGUUCUGUGCUCGCAGUUUUUGGCAAGGCUGAUCCUUGUGCGAAGUCUUCUCUUUGUGUGAACGCACUCCUCGUCAGUUCGCAGUUUUUGACAAGCUUGUCGUUGUUGUGGGAAGAAAGGUUUUAGACAGACAUGCACACAUUCUAGAGGGUUUUAGAAACUUAGACAGACGUGCAAUAAGUCUAGAACUUCUGUGCUCGCAGUUUUCACCAAUGCUGAUCCUUGUGCAAAGAAAGGCUUCGGACAGACGUGCGCAAAUUCCAUAAAUUCUGUGUUCAGCAGGAUUCACUAGAAGAAGAAAGGUGUGAGGUAGACGCGUCCAAGAUCUAGAAAUUCUGUCUUUGGUGGCAUCCACUAGGAAGGCUAUAGACGGAUAUGUGCAAACUCCAGGAAUUCCGUCUUCGGUGUCACAUCCACUAGCAAGGUUGUGUAGACAGAUGUGUGCAAAUUGGAGAACUUUUUUCUUUUUGGUGGAGUGGAGUCAGUGGACUAGAAAUGUUAUAAUGUUCAAGGUGCUUUAGCAUUGGUCCCUGGUGUCACCGGAUCGUCAGGCUGAUGUUUUGGCGGCAGAGGGCUUCAUCAUCCUGUGCGCCCCAAGCCUCCCACAGUGGGCGCCCACUCUCUCAAGCGUUUGGCAGUCGGCAUGGUUGAACGUGACACUGUGACCGCGAUGACUGUGACAGUGUUCGAUAGUGAAAUGAAGGGCCACAAAUGUA